AUCUCAUCAGAGGUAGGUGUCUUCGUCUCUCCCCCUGUGCGUAAUGGUGUGUCGUCCUGUUUCUUUCUGCGGCGUCGCCGGCCGCCGUUGGCAUCCCAUCUGAUGCAUCGCUCUCCGUCCAUUUCCAAACCAAACGAGAGGGAGGGGGAGAGGAGAGAAUAAAAAGGGCAAAAGGCUUUGCGUCGCAGCGUCCCCAGUCCACCUCGCUCGCUCCUCUCUCAGAUCUAAUCAUUAUUUAAUCCUUUUUUUUCAGUCUCACAUGAGCACUCCCCACUCGUCCUCCACCACAUCCCCUCCCCAGAUCCCGCAAUCCCUAACCCUAGCGCCCACGGGCUCGUCCGCCUCCCCCUCCUCCUCCUCCGCGUCCGGCAUGCGCGAUGCGGCGGAGGACGACUCCGACUCGGCGCCGUCGCAGAUGUCGGAGGACGACCCUGGCGGCGGGGGGGACAGGUGGGAGCCGGAUCUGAGGGGAGGCAACGGCGGCGGGGGGAGGUGGGCGCCGCCGGACCAGGUGCUGGAGAACGUGCUCGAGAGCGUGCUCGAGUUCCUCACGGCGGCGCGGGACCGGAACGCGGCCUCGCUCGUCUGCCGCUCCUGGUACCGCGCCGAGGCGCAGACGCGGCGCGAGCUCUUCAUCGGCAACUGCUACGCCGUCUCACCGCGCCGCGCGGUCGAGCGGUUCGGCGGCGUGCGCGCCGUCGUGCUCAAGGGCAAGCCGCGCUUCGCAGACUUCAGCCUCGUGCCCUACGGCUGGGGCGCAUACGUCUCGCCCUGGGUGGCCGCGCUCGGCCCCGCGUACCUGCGCCUCGAGCGCAUCUGCCUCAAGCGGAUGACCGUAACCGACGACGACCUCGCGCUCGUCGCCAAGUCAUUCCCGCUCUUCAGGGAGCUCUCGCUGGUGUGCUGCGAUGGGUUCAGCACGCUGGGCCUCGCCGUCAUCGCCGAGCGCUGCCGGCAUCUUCGCGUGCUGGACCUGAUUGAAGAUUACGUUGAGGAUGAGGAGGAUGAGCUGGUGGAUUGGAUCUCCAAGUUCCCAGAAUCGAACACCUCUCUUGAGUCGCUUGUAUUCGACUGUGUCAGUGUCCCAUUCAACUUUGAGGCCCUGGAGGCACUUGUUGCACACUCGCCGGCUCUGCGCCGGCUGCGUGUGAAUCACCAUGUGUCAGUAGAACAGUUGCGCCGUCUGAUGGCAAGGGCACCCCAGCUCACGCACCUUGGAACUGGUGCAUUCCGAUCUGAGGCUGGCCCUGGUGGGGCUUUGUCUGUGUCUGAGCUUGCUACAUCUUUUGCUGCAUCCAGGUCACUCGUUUGUCUAUCAGGUUUCCGGGAGGUCAAUCCAGAAUACCUCCCAGCAAUCUACCCAGCUUGUGCCAAGCUCAUUUCACUAAAUUUUAGCUUUGCAAGCCUAUCCGCGGAUGAGCUCAAACCAGUUAUUCGCAACUGCAUCAAUCUUCGCACUUUCUGGGUUCUUGAUACGGUGGGUGAUGAAGGUCUUGGGGCUGUGGCUGAGACGUGCUCAGAUCUCCGUGAGCUGCGAGUUUUUCCUUUGGAUGCCACUGAAGAUUCUGAGGGCUCAGUCUCAGAUGUUGGUCUUCAGGCGAUCUCAGAAGGAUGCAGGAAGCUAGAAUCAAUCCUCUACUUUUGCCAGCGGAUGACAAAUGCAGCAGUAAUUGCUAUGUCCAAGAACUGUCCCAACCUAGUGGUGUUCCGCCUCUGUAUAAUGGGUCGCCACCGCCCUGAUCGGAUCACCGGGAAGCCCAUGGAUGAUGGUUUUGGUGCAAUUGUGAAGAAUUGCAAGAAGCUCACCAGGCUCUCAGUCUCUGGCCUGCUUACCGACACAGCUUUUGAAUACAUUGGAAAAUAUGGGAAGCUAAUAAAGACUCUGUCUGUUGCCUUUGCGGGGAACAGUGACAUGUCUCUCCAAUAUGUGUUCGAGGGAUGCACUAAGUUGCAGAAGCUCGAGGUCAGAGAUAGCCCUUUUGGUGACAAGGGAUUGCUCUCGGGAAUGAACUACUUUUACAAUAUGAGAUUCUUAUGGAUGAACUCAUGCAGGCUAACUAUGAGGGGUUGUAAAGAUGUAGCUCAGCAGAUGCAAAAUUUGGUGGUUGAAGUAAUCAAGGACCAUUCUGAUGAUGAAGGGGAGGCUGAUACUGUUGACAAGUUGUACUUGUAUCGGUCACUGGCAGGACCAAGGCAUGAUGCUCCGCCAUUUGUUAACAUCUUGUAGAACUGCUAUUGGAAGAAGAGCCCUGCUGUACACACGAACAUGUUUGUUCUAUUAUUCCUGAUCAAGAUUUUCAGAGAUGGAGAGGGAAGCUUCCCGCGGAUGAUUUUCAAAGUGCCGCUGGAACAUUAAUGUAGAUUAAGUAAGAAGCCAACUAUUAUUCUCUUCACCUGGUGAUCUUUGAUCGUUGGGCUGGCGUGGCAGCAUUCAGAGUUGAGGCAGUUGAGGCAUCUUAUAGCUUAGGGGUGCCCGAGCUGGACUACAGUAUAGCAAUGAUGAGUAGGGACUGAUUGCACACUGACUCCAGUCAUCAGGCUUCGGAUGGUUCUUCUGCGCUCAAGUCUCCAGCUAUCGAUAUGUUGCCAUCUUCUGUUUCAUUUUUCUUCUCGGACGAAGGAAUGGCAAUGCUGCUUAAGGCUGAAGCUUCAAUGUUCCAUGGCCAUUACUUAUGUUUUAGAUGAUCCAGAACUCGGCUACGAUUUUUUUCCUUUCCCUAUGUUUUAGAACUCCUGAGUUAUUUUUAUAGACCUGCAGACCAUUAUCCCUUUUCCUGGUCUCACCCGCUGCUAUUUUUAAUCAAGAAGCUAUUGGAGCAAUUGAAAUUCAUUAGCAUUGUUGAAA